CGUAAUGCAUGUCAUCUUCCAAUUCUUAGAGAGAGAGAGAGAGAGAGGCUUUGUUUGUGAGGCACUGAUCUGAUAGAGCCAGAAAAAGCACUCUCCUUCACCAUCUGAGUCUCAGAAAAUGGAUUCUGCAGCUAAAAUCCCUCUCAAGUUUGAGCUUAAGCCUCCUCCAUAUCCACUGAAUGCUUUGGAGCCAGUUAUGAGCGAGAGGACAUUAGAGUUUCAUUGGGGGAAGCACCAUAGGGCAUAUGUAGAUAAUUUAAAUAAGCAAAUAGAAGGAACAGAUCUUGGAGGCAAGUCACUGGAAGAUGUUAUAGUUGUUUCAUACAAUAAUGGAGACACUCUUCCAACUUUCAACAAUGCUGCACAGGUCUGGAACCAUGACUUCUUCUGGGAGUGCAUGAAACCAGGUGGUGGUGGAGUCCCAUGUGGGGAUCUUUACCAUAUGAUUGAAAGAGAUUUUGGCUCAUUCCAAAAAUUUGCAGAUGAGUUUAAGAAAGCUGCUGCAACCCAAUUCGGUUCUGGUUGGGCUUGGCUUAUAUAUGAGAACGAAAAGCUGAAAAUAGCUCAGAGUCCCAAUGCUGUGAACCCCCUUGUCUGGGACUGUGUUCCACUCCUUACCAUUGAUGUUUGGGAGCAUGCUUACUAUCUAGACUAUCAGAACCGGCGGCCGGAUUAUAUAUCAGUGUUCAUGGAUCAGCUAGUGUCAUGGGAUGCAGUGAGCUCAAAGCUUGAAAAAGCCAAGAGAUCAAGCAAUGUUGCUGAGAAAGAUGCUUGAUGUGGUAUAGUCUUUGUUCUUCUUUGAGCAAAAUAAGUAGUAACUGUGUGAGCAAUAAAUUGUAUUGAUCUGUGUGUCCUUUAGACCAGAUCAGAUAUGUGUGUUGUUGAGGUCAGUUGGUCAAAUUAAUCUUGGAGCUGCCUUAAUUUCUCCGACGAUCGGAGCAAAUUAUCAUGAUGCUUUGGUGUGUUUGAGUCUCUGCUUCUUGUAUGAUCUUUGCUUUAGUGAACACUUAAUAUAUGUUUCACUUGUCUCAAUAA